UUACAUUUGACUCCAAUUUCUGAGGCGCACGAGUGACGUCAUCACGUCACUCCUCCAAUAAAGUCCGAUCCAUCUAUAGAUCAGAUCGGCACCAGUCAAACUGCCAGUAUUGACACAUCGUACGCUUAUACUUUAUUUACUCACCCCUUUCAAGCGGGAUAACACGUGACUGGAACAUUGAUCACGUGAUCUCAACGGGACAGGCUCGCUUCAAGCCUUAGGACCUCGGAAUGUUCCGAAGGCAGAGUGGGCAUGUUAAUCCACCCCUGCUUAACCUUGAAGAACCUGUUCACUAGCAACAAUUGCUGUGAUUCUGAUGAUUUAUUUAUGACCUUAUUCGCUGGAAUCAAAGGCUAAUAUAGUUAUUAAAACGACACCCACAAGUUCACCACCAUUACCAUUCGGGGCAGAUAGAGGGGUAAUUGUGAUGUACGGACAUGACUGAUGUUUCCAUCGGUGAAUAAAAUGUGAAUCGAUGAAUGAGAAGAGAAUGAAGAGGCGAACCUUCUCGCUAACAUGACUCCAGCUGCCGCUGCUAGCUGUUAGCUAGGCUAACCGCAGCUCGGUGCAACUGCCCCUCAGUCAGCUCGUCAUGGUGUCUUUAACGCCACUCUGCGCGGGUCAAACGCUGAAACGAUAACGCAACGCACUCCGUAAGUGACGUUCCACCUUGAAGCCCCAAGUUAACAUUGAAGAUGGCUGACCGAAAAGGAAAAGCGCCGCCUACGGUUAAACCUCUUUCCAGAAAAGAACAAGAGCAGCUGAAGAAAAAGGAGGAAGAGAAGGCAGCAGAAGUAUUUGAAGAGUUUGUGGCGUCGUUCGAGAGCAGCCAGAAGAGCGGUAUCAAGGCUUUUGUCCGCGGUGGCAUCGUGAACGCAACUAAAGAGGAAGAGGCCGCAGAUGAGAAGAAGAGCAAACCUUAUAGACCCAUUUCCAAGUUUGGACCCCCGCUUCAGCAUGUCGUGCCAGCAGCGAUGCCAGACAGCAAAAAGGCUAUGUUCAAGAGGAAAGCAGAGGAGAAGAAGAAGAGCAAUCUGGAGAUCUUCAAAGAAGAGCUGAAGCUAAUCCAGGAGGAGCGAGAGGAGCGGCACAAGCGGAAGAGAGGUGACCCUGCUGGUGGCGGAGGAGCCUUUGUGGAUGCAGAUGUUCCGCUGUCAGGACGAUCAACGCUGUAUGACGACCUGACGCUGCCGACCACCACCAACCUCUACAUCGCCUGCAUAAGCGCCAAGAUGAACGAAGAGUUGCUCUGCAAAGAGUUUGGAAAGUACGGGCCGCUGGCCAGUGUGAAGAUCAUGUGGCCGCGCACCGAAGAGGAGCGCGGUCGCGUCUCCAACCGGGCCUUCGUGGCUUACAUGACCCGCCGAGACGCUGAGCGGGCUAUGGCCGCUCUGGACGGCAAGGUGGUGAUGGGGUGUGAGAUGAAGCUGGGCUGGGGCAAACCCGCCAGGAUCCCGCCCCAGCCCCUCUACACUCCAGUGGGACUCAGGGCCGCCCCGCUGCCCCCGUCUGGUCUUCCCUUCAACGCACAGCCGAGGGAUCGGUUUCGUAACGACUUCACGAAACCACUGGGCAUGUCCCGAGGAGCACUGGACAAGACUCUGUCCGAGGCCGUCGUCAAAGUGGUUGUUCCGAAUGAACGGAAUCUGUUGUUCCUGAUCCAUAGGAUGGUGGAGUUUGUGGUGAGAGAAGGUCCCACGUUUGAAGCUAUGAUCAUGAACAAGGAGAAGAGCAACCCCGACUACAGGUUCCUGUUUGACAACAAGACUCAGGAACAUGUGUACUAUCGCUGGAAGCUUUUCAGUGUCCUGCAGGGAGACUCCCUGACCGACUGGAGGACAGCAGACUUCAGGAUGUUCCGGGGAGGGUCCGUGUGGCGGCCCCCACUCCAAGGCAGCUUCUGCGCGGCGGGUGAGGAUCAGCCUGGGGUGGAGGAACAGACGGGGCAGGAGGAGCAGGAGGAGGUGAAGAAGGGUCAGCUGCGAGCCGAACACAGACAGAGACUGGAGACCCUUCUGCAGGACUUGACCCCAGACAGGACCCACGUGGCCGACGCCAUGCUUUUCUGUCUGCAGCAUGCUGACGCGGCAGAGGAGGUGGUGAGUCAGGUCAGCGAGUCUUUCUCUCUGCUGCAGACGCCGCUGCAAAGGAAGAUCGCCCGGCUGUACCUGGUCUCUGACGUCCUUCACAACUCGUGUGCCAAGGUGGCUGGGGCGUCGUACUACAGGAAGUACUUCGAGAGGAAGUUGGUCCAGAUAUUUGUGGACCUGCAUGCUGCCCACAGGACCAUCCAGGCCCGGUUGCAGGCCGAGCAGUUCAAGCAAAAAGUCAUGAGCUGUUUUCGGGCUUGGGAGGACUGGGCCAUCUACCCGGAGCCCUUUCUCAUCCACCUUCAGAACAUCUUCCUGGGCUUUGCCAAACCAGGAGAGGAGCCAGCCCCGGCCCCAACCCCAAAGAAAACGUUGGACCUUGAUGGGGCCCCACUGGACGGGCUACCACUGGACACAGCAGAAGAUCUGGACGGGCAUCCUAUCGGCUGGGACCCGAUAGACGGGGUUCCGGUGGAGGACCUGGACGGGGUUCCACUUGCAGCUGCUGCGGACGACAUCGACGGACUGCCUCUGGACGACGGCGACGUUCCGCGGUCCAUUGUGCCACUGUCCAAGUGGGAGACGACCAACAACGAUGGAGCCCACAGUGAAGCAGAACGAGAGUCCAGAUGGAGUUCUCUGGAUGGCCCAGAUGGAGAAGACAGCACUGGAGUCCAGCCCGACUCCCAGGACGGCGACUCGGAGAGCGACAGCAGUGACGAAUCAGAAACUUCGGCUAAGUAUGACAGCGCCGCCUUCCAGAGCUCGCUGAGGAAAUUCCAGAUGUCGGAGAGCAAACGGAAGCGAUUGAGAGAGCUGGAGGUGAAGGUCAUGGUGAUCCAGGACGAGCUGGAGUCUGGGAAAAGACCACGAAAACCCGGGAUGAGCAUCCAGCAGCAGGUGGCUCUCUACAGGAACAAGCUGCUGCAGAAGGAGUUUGAGAAAGAAGACGACAAGAACAAAGUGUUGCCUACCAAGUCAAGGGACAUGAAAGACGAGCGGAGAGACAGAACCAAGAAAAAAGAGGACGGAGACAGAAGGCGGAGACGAAGCCGAGAUUCAGAGGACCAGCCGUCCCGGAGCACCACGCCGCCACGGUCUCCAAAGAGGUCCAAACAUUCCCGGUCACCAUCUCCAGACUGGAGGACAAACAAGUCCAGGUCUCCUCAUCGCUCGCACAAAAAGACCAAGAAAAAGAAACACUGACUGUCUGGUCACUCACGUCCAGCAACCAUGACUCGUAUGAGCUGACACUAGGGAGGACUUGAGACCAAACCAGAGCUCCAGAAGAAGUUUGUCUUGAAUGUAUUUUUAUUGAAGAACUUAUUAAAGCUUCAUUGGUUCUGUU